AUCAUAAAAAAUAAAAUAAAAUGAACUACUACAAUAAAAUUCUGUAAAACCCAAAUACUGCUCUUAUCUUCCUCCCAAACUUGCUGUAUACUGCUAAAGCCUAAAAGGUCUCCACCUUUAACAUCAAACUAAUCAAAACCAGGUAAAUUAUUCACAUUCUUUGUCAAAAAAUCAAAUCUUUAGUGUUGGUUCCAAGUUUCAUGGAGCAGCUCAUGUGCAUAUUAUAGAAAAAUGGCAUCUUUUCCUCUUGUUUCAAAUGAAAGAUUAUUAGUUUCUCACAAGAAAUGGCAGCCCCAUCUUGGAAAGUUUGAACCUUUAAUUAGAUUCAAGAAUCAAUCUUGCUCAUUAUCCAAUUCUUGUUUUACCUCAAGUUGUGUGCCUUUGUUGGGGUUGAAUUAUAGAUUGUAUAAAUCUCAAUGUAAUUACAAGAAAUGGAUGGUCCAUUUUGGAAUUUUUGAACCUUUAAAGAGAUUCAAGAAUCUAUCUUGCUCAUUUUCCAAUUCUUGUUUUGGGUUGAAUUAUAGGUUCUGUAAAUCUCAGAGUAGAAUACUACUUUGUAGUACUGGGGUUAGGUCACUGGUAAAUGAGAAGGGAGAUAUAGAAACCCAUUUGAACAAAACAGAAAGUAAUGAUAUUCGUAGGAAGUUUUCGUUGAGAUUGAGACCAAGGCUAAGAUUAUUGUCAAGAAGGUUGAAAAGGGUGUCUGUUAAAUCUAUGUUAAAUGAUUUUGGCAAGUUUUUGAGGAAGAAUACAAGAAGAGUGACACUGUCAACUUCAAUUUCAGUGGUAUUGGGCUUGUGCUAUUUGUUUCUUAGAUUGACAGCAACACCUUCUCCAAAGGUUGUUCCAUAUUCAGACUUGAUUACUAGUCUUCAGGGAGGGUCUGUAACAAAGGUUCAAUUUGAGGAAGGCACGCGGCGUAUUUACUACAAUACAAACUUCAGUAGUCUUAAGAAUGUUCAGACAGGUGAAGCUAGUUCCUUAGUUCCUGUUGAAAGCGCGGCUGUUCAGACAGGUGAAGCUAGUUCCUUAGUUCCUGCUGAAAGCGCGGCUAUUCAGAUGGGUGAAGAUAGUUCCUUAGUUCCUGUUGAAAGCGCGGCUGUUCAGACAGGUGAAGAUAGUUCCUUAGUUCCUGCUGAAAGCGCGACCAUAAUUGAGGAAAGCAAAGAUAUAGAUAGCAAUAAAGGUGGGAGGAGUAAAAUGUCAACAGCCCAACCUGUAUGGCAGUUUUCUACGAGGAAGAUCGAUCACGAUGAAGGGUAUCUUCUUAGUCUAAUGAGGGAAAAGGGAACGGCAUAUGGCUCAGCCCCUCAAUCAGCACUUAUGUCGAUUAGGAGCUUAUUGAUUACUAUCUUAACUUUAUGGAUUCCUUUGACUCCUUUAAUGUGGCUUCUCUAUCGUCAACUUUCUGCUGCCAAUAGUCCUGCAAAAAAACGAAAACCAAGUAACCAGGUGGUUGGCUUUAAUGAUGUCGAGGGUGUGGAUGCUGCAAAAGUCGAACUUAUGGAGAUAGUAUUGUGUCUGCAAGGAGCUAUAAACUUCAGUAAACUAGGGGCGAAGUUACCAAGAGGUGUACUGCUUGUAGGUCCACCUGGCACAGGAAAAACGUUGCUAGCUCGUGCAGUGGCAGGAGAAGCAGGACUACCCUUUUUUUCCGUUUCUGCUAGUGAAUUUGUUGAAAUGUUUGUUGGAAGAGGAGCAGCUCGCAUUAGAGACCUUUUUAGCGUGGCAAGAAAGAAUGCUCCAUCAAUCAUUUUUAUUGACGAACUUGAUGCUGUCGGAGGAAAGCGCGGAAGGAGUUUCAAUGAUGAAAGAGACCAAACUUUGAAUCAGUUGCUUACGGAGAUGGAUGGCUUUGACUCAGACUUGAACAUCAUUGUAAUUGCUGCAACUAAUAGACCAGAAGCUCUGGAUCCAGCUUUAUGUCGGCCUGGACGUUUCUCCAGGAAAAUUUUAGUCGGUGAACCAGAUGAAGAUGGAAGGAGAAAGAUCCUGGCCGUACACUUAAGAGGAGUGCCCCUUGAGGAAGACCUGGAGCUUGUGUGUGACCUGGUUGCAUCUCUUACUCAAGGCUUUGUAGGUGCUGACCUUGCUAACAUUGUCAACGAAGCUGCUUUACUAGCUGCACGCAGAGGGGCUGAUUCUGUCUCAAGGGAAGACAUAAUGGAAUCCAUAGAAAGAGCAAAAUUUGGGAUAAAUGACAAGCAAUUUAGCCAAGGUACAAUAGGCAAGGAACUGGAAAAACUAUUCCCCUGGGUUCCUUCUUUCAUGAGGAGGAAUAAUAUGAGAAGUGAUGCGAUGCAAGGACCUUUGGGGUAUCAAACACUCAGCUGAAAUAUAUGUUCUUAAGCCUCUUGUUUAUAUAAUGUUUUCUCUACAUGAUCAAGAGUGUAAUCUCGAGAUGAGUUUGAGUUUAAAUGGUGAAUCAUAUGGUCAGUAAGGAUUCAUAUAGCCGAUCCCAACUUGUUUGGGAUUCAGGCGCAGUUGUUGUAUCAUGUGGAAAUUUAUAGAUGAAAUUUUUUUGGCUGCUGUUAACAGAGGCAUAGUUGUUGCAUUAGGACGUCGCCAUAAUGUUUCGGGACUACUACAAUAUUGUUAUAAUUUGGAAAUUUUAUACUCAACCAUAA